AUGGAGGCCAGGCUGCUCGACAGCCUGCAUCAGCGCCUAGGGGAACUCGAGCACAAGAUCGUCUCGCUCCGCGGUGACCUGGCCGUCGAUUUCCAGCACUACUACGACGACCUCCUGCGCGGCGUGCCGUCCGCCGUGGCCUCCAACGUCCACCGCAACAUCACCGCCUCCUUCGCUCGCUAUCCGACGCUUCGUCCCGAGCUCGACCCCCAGCCGCAGGCGUGCGCCGAGAUCGCGACGUCGCCCGCGCCUCAACCGUCGCCGCCCGAGUCGUCCGAGGCGGACCGGAGCCUCGACGAACGAGAUCUCGACUUCCACGGUCUCUUCACCCCAAACUACCUGCCGCUGCUCGACAGCUCGUCGACCUUGGCCAACCCUCCACCUGCCGGCGCGUCCAGCUCCGCGGCCGGCAUGGCGCCCUCGGCGCUGCAUCCCACGACAACGGCGGCGCAAGACAUGGCCGUCGACGGGCCGAUAGGGCCGGGCGGGGGUCGGCCUGACGCGCCGGAUCAGACGCUGCCGCUCGCGCAGGCGCCCGCCGGGUCAGCGUGGCAAGGCGGUGCCUCGCGCGGAAGAGACGACGCAGGCUCGUCCUUCUCCUCGGACAAGAGCGACUCCAAGCCUCCGCGAAGUGCGCUGCGGCGGUCGUCCAGCACGGCGAAGCCCCCCCAGAGCCCGCGACGGGUCCGGUUCGAGUUCAUGGGCGCCGAGGUGCUGCCGACAGCCUCGCCUCUUCCGCCCAAAUUCAUAUCUCCUCGCCUGCCGUCACCCGGUGCCGACGACGACGGCGGAGCCUUCACGUCGAACCUUGGUGCUGAGAUCGGCGAGGACGAGGAGCGGUCAGCCCCCCCUCGCAAGGUCUCCUCCUCCGACGCCCUGAGGGCACUGUCGCGAGCGCCGCUGGAGGAAGGGUCCGUCUGGACCGUCGUGAACGCGGAUUCGGACGACGCUGCUCCGAGCCGGUCGGGCGGCGGCACGCCCACGAUGCCAAGCCCGGCACCUCACCGUGCCGGUACGCCUCCGUUUGCCCAUGGCGAUCCGAGUGCGACGUUGAGCCGACCCGAGGAGAGUCGAGGCGCGCCCCGUACCAAAUCAUCCGAUGACGAAGACGUCGACGGGAGCCUCGACGACGAUUCUUCCGACGACGGCUUCCUGGCCAUGAGAACGGCGCGACCGUCCAAACUGCCGAUUCAGUCGCCGACACCGCAGACGAAACCGGCCCCCGCGGGUGUGCUGGACGAGACUUCUGAUUUCAGCAUGCCUCAAGACGAUGACGACGACGACGACCAGGACGAGCACGGUCUAUUUUUCUUCGAGACCGGAGGUCGGAGUGCACCUUCCAGACCGAGACGGGGACCCUCCCCGCGAAGAGUGGACGAGCUGGACGACUCCGACAUGGAUGAGAAGAAAGCCGGUGGCGCGGGGGCGAAUACGUCAGACAUCAAGCUGAGUGUGUACGCAUCGUCGCCGGCCGUCUCCAUCCGCCCUUUGCCGGCGUCACAGUCCUUGGCCACGCCCGCCGUCAAGUUCCAGCCGGGCUCUCUCGGCUCGUACAGGGGACGACCGUUGAUGAUGCCCAUCGUGCGCGACCCCGAGCUCUUGAAGACGGCCAAUUCGGUCGAUCAGCAGGAGGUGAGCGUCGACGCCGUCGACGCCACAUCCGUCUUGGAGGAUGGUUCGCCCCCGCGCUUUCCCAGUACGCCCAUGAGCUUCAAGGAGCGAUUUAUGAUGGAGGAGAUGAUGGAGAGACGGACAUCAACGAGAGAGAGCAAAACGGACGCGCCGGUAACAGGCGGUCCCUAG